UCUCCGUCUUGAUCCACGCCACAAGAAAGGCGAAGGCGGUCGGAAAGGCGACUACGAAUUUGACCCCCCGCUCUUCUUCUCUCUGAAGCCUAUCGCUCUCUCUUAACUUCGGAGUUGGGUGUGGUUCUUCGAGGACAGGUUGAUAGGUUGCGAUGGGGCUCAAAUCCUUCGUGGAGGUGCCUCGGGACUCACACUUCCCGCUGGAGAACCUCCCCUUCGGCGUCUUCCGCCCCAAGCCCUCCUCCGCCACCGUCGCCGGCGAUUCUGCACCUCCUCCUCCCCCUCGCCCUGGCGUCGCCGUUGGUGAUUUCGUCCUCGAUCUUUCCGUCAUCUCCGCCGCUGGCCUCUUCGACGGCCCCCUCCUCAAGAACUCCAAAUGCUUCCUCCAGCCUUCUCUUAAUAUGUUCCUAGAGAUGGGACGGCCUGCUUGGAAGGAGGCACGUUCAACUAUCCAAAAACUUUUAUCAGCUGAUGAGCCAACUUUACGUGACAAUGCUAGUUUAAGGGAAAAGUCCCUUUUGCCAAUGAUUGAGGUACAGAUGCUUCUGCCGGCUGUAAUAGGGGACUAUACAGAUUUUUUUUCAUCCAUGCAUCAUGCUAAGAAUUGUGGGACCAUAUUUCGAGGGCCAGAGAAUCCAAUUCCACUAAACUGGUUUCACCUUCCUAUAGCUUAUCAUGGACGGGCAUCAUCUGUAGUAAUCUCUGGAACAGAUAUUAUUCGUCCAAGAGGUCAAGGUCAUCCCAUGGGAAAUUCCCCUCCUUAUUUUGGGCCCUCACAAAAGCUGGAUUUUGAGCUUGAAAUGGCUGCUAUUGUUGGUCCAGGAAAUGAGCUGGGCAAGCCUGUGGAUGUUAAUAAGGCAGCAGAUCAUAUUUUUGGACUUGUACUGAUGAAUGAUUGGAGUGCCAGGGAUAUCCAAGCAUGGGAAUAUGUGCCUCUUGGACCUUUCUUGGGAAAGAGCUUCGGUACGACAAUAUCCCCUUGGAUUGUGACUCUAGAUGCUCUAGAAGCUUUUGUUUGCGAUGCUCCUAAACAGGAGCCUCAGCCCUUGUCAUACUUAGCAGAGAAAAAGCAUCUAAACUAUGACAUACCUCUAGAGGUUUGGAUUAAACCCGCUGGGCAUGAACAUCCAUCAAUUGUCACAAAGAGUAACUUUAAACAUCUGUAUUGGACAAUAACACAGCAAUUAGCACAUCACACUAUCAAUGGCUGCAACUUAAGGCCCGGUGAUUUGCUGGGAACUGGGACCAUCAGCGGAUCUGAACCAGAAUCUUUGGGAUGCUUGCUGGAGUUAACAUGGAAUGCGCAGAGGUCACUUACCUUAAAUGGUUCAGAUCGAAAAUUUUUAGAAGAUGGUGAUGAAGUCAUUUUUACUGCUUGUUGCAAGGGGAAAGACUUCAAUGUUGGAUUUGGAACAUGCACAGGGAAGGUCCUGCCGGCUCUCCCUUGAGACGAAGCUGGAGAUGAAAAUCUUAUUUGAAUGCAACUUUCAGUGUUGUUGCUGUCUGUUAAAGCUGUCAUAUCAUCAACCCACCAAUAAUGAUUAUACAUCAAAAAUUAAAAAAAAGGAUCUGAAUUUUCUACUAGCAUCGCUGUUGCAGUUUGUACGGUGUUAAGAUAAUUGACUUUGUCCAUGAGCAAUCUGGGGAAUCAUUAUAAUGUGAAGAUUGCAAGCAAAGAAUCAGAGUUUUGUGCA